GGGAGAUAAGGCGCCGGCGUAUGACUCAUCCCACAGAAAAACGAAAACAACAUAUUCCCGGCCUACCUGGACCAGCAAGGCGUGACAGAUGGGUUAUCUAACCAGGAGCUGCCAGGUUUGACUCCCGGGGGCUGUGGCGCCAUAGUACUCUUGAGCUUGAUUGAGACACUGAGCUGGAGCUGCUUCUGUAAACAUGAGCUAAGGAUCGCCUCACCAACCGAGUGGAAUUCACAGAACCUCAGAGCAACCUAGCAUUGCCAUCCGGCUGCACUUCUCUGCUUCAGGAAUCAAAGAGCACAGACUUCAGAAUGCACAGCAAAGAUCAGAUCUGCCAUGACGACUACCAGAAGACAGCUGACUGGCUCCUGUCGCAGACCCAGCACCGGCCCAAGGUGGCCAUCAUCUGCGGCUCAGGCCUGGGCAUGCUGGCUGACGCGCUGAAGCUGCAGGACUCCUUCCAGUACUCCGACAUCCCAGGGUUCCCACAGAGCACCGUGCAGGGACACGCAGGGAGGCUGGUGUUCGGAGAUCUCAAAGGGAAGACGUGUGUCUGCAUGCAGGGCCGGUUCCACAUGUACGAGGGGCACUCGCUGUGCAAGGUCACCUUCCCGGUGCGGGUGUUCAAGCUGCUGGGUGUGGAGACGCUGAUCGUCACCAACGCCGCCGGCGGCCUGGCGGAUGGCUACUGCAACGGUGACAUCAUGAUCAUCCGCGACCACAUCAACCUGCCGGGCAUGGCCGGACUCAACCCACUCAACGGGAUCAACGACGACAAGUUUGGCCCUCGUUUCCCCCCCAUGUCCGGCGUCUACGACAAAGAUCUGCGCCGCCUCGCCAAAGACAUCUGCAAGAGCCUGGGCUUCUCGCAGUUCGUGCAGGAGGGCGUGUACUGCAUGGUGGGCGGGCCUAACUUCGAGAGCAUCGCUGAGGCCCGCUUCCUACACAAACUCGGGGCUGACGCUGUGGGCAUGAGCACAGCACCAGAGGUCCUGGUGGCCAGCCACUGCGGCAUGAAGGUGUUCGGCCUCUCCCUCAUCACCAACAAGGUGGUGAAGGACUAUGAGGACAUGGAGAGGGUGAACCACGAGGGCGUCCUGGGCGUCAGCAAGAUGCGCUCGGAAACCCUGCAGACCCUGGUGACCGAGCUGGUGAGCCGGCUGGACAUCAACAACAACACCGCGUGAGGUGGACCGGUCGACCUCGACGACUGACUCCUCCGAAAACUGGACAACCGACCCCUCCCUAACAGAAACUCUACAGGGUCUUAAAGGCAUUGCAAGUCAAGCAGCUCCUAUUUGAAGUUGCCCAAAGCUGUAGGUCAUGAUUUUUUUUAUAUCACGUUGAAAUCAUUCCUUUUCCAUUAUUAGCAAUCUAUGUCAGUUUCUGUAGUCUUCUGUAAUUUUGCAGAACACACAUUUGUUCCCGUGUGUGAAGUUUUUGUCACAGUGUAAAAUACAAUGGAGAGUUUGAACUCAUUUCCAAAAUGGGUGAAAUGUUGAAACAUAUGCUUUGUUGAGCAACUGCUUGUAUUGGUAUCCAAUUUUAACACCUCUUAUUAGUACACAUGCAUGUGUUUAGGACCAAGAAUAAGGAUUUCUCAUUGUGCCAUGUAUGCAUGUGUAAUAUCAGUCAAGCUAACCCGGUUUAUGUUCCGUUUCCUGUAAAAUAUGAGAAGACAUGUUUGGUUUGUUUGUAAAAGUGGUCACGUGGUUCAGAAAUUAUGAGAAACUACGUGACGAUUCCCGACAUAUAAAUAAUAGAACAUGUAUAAUAUUUAUGACUUAUAAGACACUUUAAUGCUGUAUUUAUGAUACAAUGUGCUUAUUCAUUGAAAUUAUUGUACAUUGUACAUUAUUAGAGCUAAUCUCUUUGAAAGUUUAAUCAUUCUUGUAAAG